GUCCCGACCAGCAAUAGCAUAACCUCAUCGUCAGCGAAGGAAACAAAAUCGAAGACUGGAGUUGGGCGGGUGCAGCAAUUUCAUGGCUCUCCCUCUAUCAGUCCGCUGCCCAAUCUCGACUCUUUCAUCUCCACCCUCCUCACCCCUUUCCUUCGAUGUGCUUCCAUUUUCGUCUCCGAAAUGUUUCUUAUUUUCGCGACCCGUCCUCCGCCCCCUCCGCGUUGACAUCCGCCGAUCUUACCCCUUUGUGACGGCCACCUUCUCCACCUCUGGUGCCUUGUCCACCUCCCCUGCUAAAGGAGAUAAGAAGCUGCUGCUUCAAGUCAAUGAUUUGAGAGCUAAGAUUGUCGAAUCCGACGUAGAAAUUCUUCAUGGGGUCAACCUCACCAUCAACGAAGGAGAGGUUCAUGCGAUCAUGGGAAAGAACGGUUCUGGAAAGAGCACUUUUGCAAAGGUUCUUGUUGGCCAUCCAGAUUAUGAAGUCAUUGGAGGCAGUGUUCUGUUCAAAGGGGGAAAUCUGCUUGACAUGGAACCUGAGGAAAGGGCACUUGCUGGCCUUUUUAUGAGCUUCCAGUCCCCUGUUGAGAUUCCUGGUGUUUCUAAUUACGAUUUUCUGGUUAUGGCUUAUAAUGCUCGACAAAGAAAACUUGGCCAGCUUGAACUUGGUCCACUUGAGUUCUUGCCUUACCUAAUGGAGAAAGUCAAUCUUGUAAAAAUGAAGGAAGACUUUUUGGAUAGAAAUGUAAAUGAAGGAUUUAGUGGUGGUGAACGGAAGCGCAAUGAAAUUUUGCAGCUUGCGGUUUUGGGGGCAGACUUGGCUAUUUUGGAUGAAAUAGAUUCUGGAUUGGAUGUUGAUGCACUGAGAGACGUAGCAAAUGCGGUGAAUCAGAUUCUGACCUCAAAAAAUUCUCUGUUGAUGAUAACUCAUUACCGACGAAUUCUGGAUCUCCUAAAUCCUACACAUGUUCACAUCAUGGACAGGGGAAAGAUUGCAAGGACGGGUGACUUAUCCAUGGUUGAAGUUAUUGAGGCAGAGGGAUAUGAGACAGUAUCUGCCUAAUUUCAUACAACUGGUUUUGACCCUAGCCAUGCAAAUAAGGUGUCUUUUACCGUCGAUGAAAUCAUGCUUGGGGGAGACAUUUAGCAACCAACUGGUAUAAUAUAUUUAUACUCAACAAACUUGAUAGAUGAAUAAAUAUGAAGUUGCUCACUGACGUAUUUCUCUUAGUAAUUGGGUAGACGGUAAGAAUGCCUUUGAAGGAUGAAUCUCAUCUCAUCACCAUCAUCUCAAUACUACCUCUGCAGAUAUUCAGUGGAAGUGUACAUUAAUGCGGAGGUUUAAGCUCAACUAACGAGGGGUUCGUUUAUGUUCCUUUUAUCAAGCGAAGGAGUUCGUUUAUGUUCAGUGUUAAAUUAUAUCAUCAUCCAAGUUUUCUGUGCAUUGUCGAGUCGAGUAGCUGCUUAUCAAACGUUUCUGUGCGUCUGUUAGGGUAAAUUUUGCUGGGCCAUUUAUGUUUGAGAGAAAAUUACCCUUUAUUAUUUUCUGUAGAAAGAUUUUGGUGUGGAUUUUUUGACCAUUGAGAUAUAUGUGUUUAUCAGUCUUUUUAGAACCGGAAUAGGCAUUGAAUCCGGUUAUAUUCUGACUCUUAGAUUAAUAAAUUUGGUGACUUUAUAUAUGAAGUAUUAUACAAAAUUAUGAAAACUUAAAAGUUGAUACA